AUGGCUUCAUACUCAUCCAGUCAUCAAUCCGGUGUUUCUGCUGGCUUCACGCUGCGCCUGUCUAGAGUUCCCAAACGUUUCAUCAGACCAGCAUUCUCUACUGGCCAGAAAUUCUAUGGUCAAGUCCAACUCCAAGGCGCAGAUGAAUACAUUGGUGAUCAAUUCUUUCAAGCAAUAUUUGACACCGGUUCUUCUGACUUGUGGAUCGUUUCGUCGGCGUGUACAAGCGUUGACUGUCAGCGAGUCAGAAAGUAUAACCCAACUCCUACACUAGCUCCCGCCAACGCGUCGUUCCAACUUACUUAUCUAACCGGCGCAGUGUCAGGUUCCAUUGCAUAUGAGACGGUAGUUUUCGGGCCGUAUGUCGUCUAUUCGCAAGUUUUAGCACUAGCGAACAGUACCACAAAUAUGGGCUUAGCCACGACUGGAGUGAGCGGUGUACUUGGACUUGCUUUUCCUAAGGAAGCAGCAAUAUCGAUGACAAUUGGCCGUACAUUGCUUGACAACAUUUUCGCUGGUAUCGACCCUAGUGAACGACUCCUAGCGUUUAAAUUAGACGCGGAUGAAUACUCAAGCUCCUUCUCAGUCGGGCAAAUUGACCCCCACUAUGCUGACCGUCUGUCUGACAUCUCAUACUCUCCUGUUUUCUCAUCCAAAGGAGCGGAAUAUGACUACUGGAAGCUCCCUCUGCUCUCCCUCUCUCUUAACUCUGUGCCGGUUCCUUUUACGUUGUCCUCAUCUAAGGUUCGCGACUCGCCCUCGCCUAUAGCAGUCCUGGAUACUGGAACAACUUUAAUUCUCGGUCCGAGCCAUGACGUCGACAAUUUCUGGACUAUUGCAGGCGGUACAAGGAAGGGUGAAGACGGAAUGUGGCAAGUACGCUGUGAACAUGCUGUGACAGUAGGCUUUCUCCUGGGAAAUGACAGCUCGCGCAAGGAAAUUAUUCUGGAUCCUUCGGACGUCAGCUGGAUGCCUGCUGGCAGCCGCCCAGAAGACGGCUGGUGUCUCGGUGGCAUUCAGAGCAAUGAUGGGGUCUUCUCAGGAGAUUGGCUUUUGGGGGACAUUUUCUUAAGGAACGCCUACGUCGUUCAUCGUGCUGAAACGUUGGCCUCGCCACCACUGAUCGGCUUAUUGGGUACAACGAAUACAUCUGCAACAUUCGAGCAAUUUCAAAUGAUUAGAGGGAAUGAUUCAUCUGGUCCGGCCUUCCAUGCCCAAUUGCCCUAUCACACCACAAAUCCGCCAUCUCUCGGUGUGAUCUUUGCAACUACGUUGAUUUCCUCAUUUCUCGGAGGAGUAGGCCUUGGAGUAUUGUUCCGAUUUUAUCGGGAGAAAAGAAAGAAGAAUGUUAUACUGAAAGCGGUACAUACACACUGGUAG